AUGCUGCUCGUCGGCAACAUCGACAACACGGCCGGCUACUCCACGGGGGUGAGCCUCGGUGACCGCACGCCGAAGGACAACGAGAACUACUUCAUCUCCGGCCUGAAGGUGAUCAACUACUUCGACACGCCGGCGCUCUACGGCUGCUUCAUGACCAUGUGCACCAUCCGCGUCGAGCGGGCGGAGUGGUACAACUCCUCCGUCCGCACGUCCAGCGACGAGCUCAUAUCCGGCAUCUUCCACGACCUCGACGGAACGCUCACAGGGUAUCCGAACGGCUUCGUGUCGAUGUACACGCCCUUCAAUGAGUGGGACGGCCUGUGCCACGUCACCGACCAGCACAGGGGCGGCAUCGUGUGCGGCAAGGACGACGGCACGCUGCGCAUGCGCCGGCUCUUGGUGAGCAACCAGGAGCCUUGGCAGCUGGACCUGAACGAGCUGAUGGUGCGGACGGACGUCACCAACAGCACCAUCUCCUUCACCGUCCUGAAUCUUUAUGGCUGGGCUGUGCCUGUGGUGAGCGAGAAGGUGUACGACAUCAAGGUCGACAGCGCGAACGACUUCGAGCAGCUGACCCUCGGCUACUCAGGUACGUUUGGCUACGUCUUCGAGGAGCACGGCUGGGCCACCCGCGUCCAGCCCCAGGACGAGGGCGUCGUGGUGCACCUCAACUACUCGACCUGGCGCGACCACUUCGACGCCGAGCUCGGCGCGGGGUCGCCGGCCUGGCCGGGCGGCGAGGCGCGGGGCCAGGCGAGCAGCUGGGAGCCGACGAUGAACGACUCCUUCGGAUCUUACGCAAUGAAGCUCUGGAAGCACCACUGCGACCUCUACGACCUCACCAACGAGAGCCAGGAGAUUUGCAGCGGGGGGUACGUCAACCAGACGGGCACGGACCUCAAGCUCGACCUGGAGGAGGAGCUGGACCUGCCCCAGGUAGGGGGCCGGCUCACCACGGCCCUCUCCGCGCACAUCGACGACCCGCGGCAAGUCUGGAACACGUACUGGGCCAUGGAGUGCCCCGACUGGGGCUGCCCGGAGCCCGUGCCAUACGUGGCGCCCCUGGACCCCCUGAGGCUGUGGUCGGACGCGUCGAAGUGGCCUGGCGGUCAGCUGCCUCAGGAGGGCGACACGGUCGUCAUCAACGCCACAGAUCACGUCAUGCUCGACAUCGAGACGCCGUUGCUCCAGUGGGUGGUCAUCGAAGGGAAGUUGGAGUUCGCUCGCAACGUGAGCAGCAGGCUGAACUGCCACUCAGCGAAGGUCUGGGGUACUCUCGAGAUCGGAACCGCGGAUGACCCAAUACCUCCUGGCGUGAACGCAACGGUGGCGCUGUACGGAGAGGAGUUGGACCAGACGCCUGUCAUGGUCGAGGGCCUCUUCAUGGUCAACAAGGUGGUUGGGGUGCUCGGCACGCUCACGGCGUUCGGUGCGGACAUCGGCAGCGCGCUCUGGGCCAAGCUGAACGGCACGGUCGCGGCCGGGGCGCAGGAGCGCGCCCCGAG